UUUCAGAAUUCCUGUUUUUUUUUUCACUUAUCAAAAAUCUAUGGAUGAUUGGUCAAACACGCGAAAUCGUUUCAAUGAUCUCAAAGAAUCAGUUUUUUCGAGUUUCAUUAAUUCAGGAAGGAAGUACGUCAACUCCAUAUGCUCCGAUCGAGGGAAUUCGGUGUGGAAUCAAUUUCUGGAAUGGAUUACUGAUGAAGAUGUGAAAAAUUCCGAUGACAGUAAGAUCAAUAUAAAUUGUGAAAUAUCGAAAGAUCUGCCCAAUGACAAGAAUUUCAAGGAGGAAGUGCCCAAAUGGCAAUUCAACUGUUGCAAUAUAAAAAUGCAGGAUCCCUGUGGGCCUUGCUGUUGCGAAAUACCUAUAAAUAGACACAAGAGUUCACAUGAUUCUUCAUCUAGAAAACAAUACCCAUCAUGUGAACCUGAUCCACAGAAUUACCAAAACACUUAUCAAUUUCCUGGGUUCCGUAAUAAAUGGAGAAUUGAGUUCGAAAAAAUCUGAGAGAAUUCCUCAACUCAUGGAUCUUCACUUCAGAAAUUAAUAAUUCGUUGGGGGAUUAAAAUUUCAUUAAAUGUCGAGUGGAAAUAUGGAUCUAUGGAAAUAUGUAACGCAUACAUCUCUGACAUCAUCUCCGAGCUGAAACAAUUUCUUUGAAAAUUAUUGGAUUGAUCGGACCGGGAUUCAUCCGAAUGAUGAUUCGCGAAUUUUUUAUGUGUCCAUUUAUAUAAUAGAGCCAAGUAUAUAAUGGAGGUGCAUCCAGUCAUUGCUGGACAGUAAAUGCAGUCACGGUCUUGACAUCUUGCUAAUGCAAUUAAAUUUCUGCUAAUCUGAUUCGCCGAUCAACGAUAAAACGACAAAAAUAACCGUGAUGAGUGGGAACCAGGACUACAAGUCUGCGAAGACGAUCUACGACUUCGAGGCUACGUCGAUUAAAGGCGAAGUUGUGCCUCUGUCUAAAUAUGAGGGUCACGUUUGUCUAAUCGUAAAUGUUGCAUCGAAAUGUGGACUGACUGCAACUAAUUACAAAGAAUUGAAUGAACUCUAUGAUAAAUAUGCAGAGUCUCAAGGUCUCAGGAUUCUCGCAUUUCCCUGCAACCAAUUUAAUAGCCAGGAACCCGGCACCAGUGAGGACAUUUGCAAUUUCGCACAACGUGAAAAGGUCAAGUUCGAUCUCUUCGAAAAAAUUGAUGUUAAUGGAGACAAUGCACAUCCCCUCUGGAAAUAUCUGAAGAAGGAGCAGGGGAGUAUCCUAGGGGACUUCAUCAAGUGGAACUUCACAAAAUUCAUUGUCGACAAAAAUGGAAAACCUGUUGAGAGGCAUGGACCUGAUAAGGAUCCUCUUAAAUUAGCCCCACACCUUGAAAAAUAUUUUUAACGUUCUAAUGAUGAUUCUCCAAAAAAUCAUCUCUUGCAUCGAAGAAUUAUUAUAUUUUUUAAACUCAACAAAGUAUUUCAUCGUAGUUUUGUGAAUUCUUCUGCUUUCUCCUUGGCAUUCACUGUUUAAUAUAUGUGUGAUACUUAAAUAAAUAAUAAAUAAACCAUCAGGCGUUAAUUUCGACCACA